UCGGGGUGCGUGGCUUGCGGGGUUGGCGGGGGUCCGCACGUGGGCCCCGGGCGGUCCCCAUCGGUGGGGCAGUGCGCUCGGCUCUGCUCUUUUGUGUCCCGCCCGAGUGUCUGGGCGCAUCUGCAUCCCCGACUUGGUUCUGUGCCUCGAGCCUUUGUGUUUUCCCGUAUAGUUUCUGUCUGGCGUGAACCUGGCCGUGGUACCCCCGAAUGUUUCCCGUGGACCCACUGGUGCGUAUGUGCGUGUGUCACAGGUGUGCACUGACAUACGUUUGACUGAUUUCGGUUAGUCAAAAGAUCGGUCUAUCAUGUCUCUGACUGAGGAUGACAAGUGAGACACGAAAUUCACCUAACAGGGCUCAUGUAAUCAAAGAAGUUUCUUUGUUGUGUGUGUCUUUACAGAACACAACAGGAACUGAAAAUGUAUCAGAAUACGGAGUCUGUGGCCACCACUGAGACUCUGGCUGAGGUGCCUGAACACGUGCUGCGAGGACUUCCAGAGGAAGUGAGGCUUUUACCGUCUGCUGUUGACAAGACCCGAAUUGGUGUCUGGGCCACUAAACCAAUUUUAAAAGGGAAAAAGUUUGGGCCAUUUGUUGGUGAUAAGAAGAAACGAUCUCAGGUUAGGAAUAAUGUGUACAUGUGGGAGGUGUACUACCCAAAUCUGGGGUGGAUGUGCAUUGAUGCCACCGAUCCGGAGAAGGGCAACUGGUUGCGCUAUGUGAACUGGGCUUGCUCAGGUGAAGAACAGAAUUUAUUUCCACUGGAAAUCAACAGAGCCAUUUACUAUAAAACCUUAAAGACCAAGUGGAGCAGCCAGCUGGCAGUAGCGCCAUGUAGGACCCUGCAGGAGCCCCUGCUGACCAUUCCUCUUGUGAUCAUCUGCUGUUGA